AUGAGAGCUGCGCGAGUUCGACCUACCUCCCCCGAGGGAACACCUUACGGUUUCCCUGGAAAUGUAGCUCCGUCUUCAGCCAUUGAAAUCCACCAGGACGUCCCCAAACCGCAAAUAUCGAAGCCUGGCGAACUAUUAAUCCAGGUGAAAGCCUCUACCGUGUAUAAGGACAAUCUCGAGUGGAACGAGCUGUACCCCCCUAGCCAUGCCACCUUGGGAAAUGACUUUUCCGGCAUAGUCGUGGCCGUGCACGACAGCGAGAAAACCUUCCGCGUCGCUGAUCAUGUGUACGGUAUGACGCAUGCAAAUCGGGGAGGUACAUGGGCAGAGUACACCAUCGUCAUGACGGAAGAAGCAGUCAAGAAGCCGGAUAACCUGUCGUGGGAGGAGGCUGCUGCUAUCCCCGGGAGUGCCAUCACGGCUGAUCAGGCCCUGUUCAGACAUACUGGACUCGAGACCACAGCGCAAAACGGACCAAAGAGGGUCCUGAUCACCGGAGCUGGUGGUGGCAUUGGCACGUUUCUCGUGCAGUUUGCUGUACUGGCUGGACACCACGUCGUGGCAGCAUCUAGCUCGAACGAGCGGAACGAGCCAUUCCUGCACUCCAUUGGCGCUCAUGAAGUGGUGGAAUACAAAGAUUUCGGCACUUUGGACAAGGUCGACGUGAUUAUUGAUUCUGUUGGGUUUCAGAUUCUCGCAGACUGCUGGAGCGUUAUCAAGCCAGACGGUACCCUCUUGUCCUUUGACGCGUGCAGCUGGGGUUAUAUACAAGACCACAAAGAAAAGGGCAUCAGCAAAGGAAAGGAAGGAGUUCGGGCACUGUUCAUGAUUGCCGAGCCGUCGACAGAGAGUAUGGCGCGCAUCACGGAACAUGUUGCCAAGGGACAUAUAAAAGGGCGUGUAUCAAGAGUGGUAUCAUUCAACGACGUACGCGAAGCCUAUGAAUCUGCUCAUUCUAGAGGUGUUGGGCACGGCAAGAUUGUGGUGUUGAUCUAA